AAAAAGUUUCUUCGCCUGCAUUUAGAACAUUCAAGGUACAUGACAUUAACAGAGAAACACGUUUUCGCAUUCGUUGUAUUAUAUUUCUUUCGUUUAUGACUUUCUUUCGCCAGCUCUCUCGAUAUAUAAGUCCUUAUGCAUUUUGAAUUUGAAUGGUGCGUAAAGUAGAAAACCCCGUCAUAUUACUUUGGUGUCGAUCUUUUCACAACAUAGAUUACUAUUCAUUCUAUUCAACGAAUCGAUCAUGCUUACGUUCGUUUUUUAAUCGAUGGUACAUGCGUGGGCUGAAGACAUAAUACCAGGGUCUUCGCUUUGAGGCCAAAUAUGUAUACUGAAAAUGCCGAACACAGAUACCACAACGUCAUGAUCGCAGCAGACACAACGUACUUUUAGUCGCAGCCAACUCGGCGGCGGAGACUGACGCCAAGUGCUGAAUGCAUUACAUCAUUAAGUGCUUUAGUAUGGCAUGAUGCCAGCACUUGGUUGAUAGUUAUGGUUGACAUUAAUACCUCACAUAGCGGCAUCAUGAUAUUUCGCGUCUCAUACCCCGAAACGCCUCUGCGACGGACUUCACCGAUGCGAACUUUGAUUAUCUAGAAGAACCUUGUGCGCUGGCUUCAACUUGUCGGCCUUUUUUCAUCAUACAUUGGUGUGUGUUCUUGCAAUCAUCAGUGUUCACUCUGAUUUUGAGCUACCCGAAUUUGAAAAUCAUGACGUUGAAGCCACCUCCUUUGGUGAAUAAGACUGCGAGAAAUUCCAAGUGGGUGAGAAUUACCUUACUGCCUCGUUAUAGUAAUCUCACCGUUAACUGGAAGAUGUGGUUGGCUCAGCAAAUUUAUGAUGUUAAAUUUGUCACUUUUUAAAUGUACCACUGGCUGCUGCUAGAUACUUGACAGAUGUCAAUCCAAGAAAUAUUAGCAUGUUCGUUGCACGUCUUUGGUUCUUGCACGUGUGACAUUGAAGCUGACAUCGUAUCGCUUGACUAUUCUUCGAUACCGUGUUCAAACAUAGUGUCUGGGGGCGUAAAUUAGCGUAUAAAAUUGCGAGCGAUUAGGCUAUGAUAGUCACUUGAUGUGUACGCAUAGCUUUUUGGUAAAGUGGCUGUCGUAGCCGGUCAAGCCAUGGAGCCUCGGUGUACGAAUCCCCAUGCGAACUUAUCAUUUCAAGUAAAAUGCAGAAAUCCCUGAACUGCUGCUUCAUGAACUCACGGGGAAUAUCAACAAUUGCGCAUACCAUCCGGGCGAGAAGUCAUAACCAAUAUGGCUUCACAGAAAAAGCUAAAAAGCUUUACUCAUCACUAUCAGCUUGCAAAAUGCCACUUUGCCUUGUUUGGCAAAGCAUUGCUUCCAUUAGGUCACAGCUUAGCUGCAUCGUCGUAUCGCCCGAUAAGUGCAAUGAAUGUGAUGACAGAGCGUGACUAUGGGACUGCAGUUGCGUCUUGAUUCGUGAACUUGCCUCGACCACAC